AUGGUUAUUUUGAUCUCUUCCAUUGGUGAAGCCAGAAACUUGGUUGAGGUUGCUACAAAGCAAAAUAAUGUGGAUGGUAUCAAAUAUUGCACGAAGACAAAUGGUAAAUACAACAUUGAUGCAAGUUCUGAUUGUUUUAUACCCGGUUUUCCAGGCAUCCCGGGAUUCCCAUUUCCAAAAAUACCAGGAAUUCCAGACAUACCGGGAAUUCCAUUCCCAAAAAUACCAGGAAUUCCAGACUUUCCAUUUCCAUUUCCAAGCAUACCAGGAUGGCCAGACAUACCUGGAUGGCCUACACCGUCAACUCCUAAAGCACCUAGUCCAACUCCUCAAUCGCCUUCACCUUCUGAAUCACCUUCGCCUUCCGAGUCACCAAGUUCGCCUUCACCUUCUAAAUUUCCUUCGCCUUCCGUGUCACCAAGUUCACCUUCACCUUCUGAGUCACCAAAUUCACCUUCACCAAACCCAACCUACGUUAUGUAACUGAAGUUAAUUAGCAAGCAAAAAUAAUGUUGACUGUCUCAUUAAUAUGAUACUUUGUACUUGGUUGAUCACAUCAUAAAUAUUUUCAAUU